AUGCGCGGCAGCCGUGCAGCGGACCCGUGUCUUCAGCAGCAGCAGCAGAGCAGCAGCAGGGGCAGCAGCAGCAGCAGAAAGGCACCGCAGGAAGCCGGGAGACAAAUAUUGGCAGCAAAUGAAGCAAAAAAGACAAUAAAAAAUGCAAGUUGCAGCAUGCAGCAGCAGCAGCAGCAGCAGCAAAGGCCCCCGCCUGCUGCAGUGACCUGCGCAGCAGCUGCUGCUGCGGGGAAGCGAAGGCGGGGCGAUUCGCGAGCGAUCUGGAGUUUACUUGGAGAACAAUUCACCUCAACAGUUCUGGGGGCCGGAGGCGGGCAGCAGCAGCAGCAGCAGCAGCAGCAGCAGCAGCAGCAGCAGCAGCAGCGGCCGCGUUGCCCGCGAGCUCCGUCGGACUCGCCUUUCUCCGCCGUUCUCGCGGCCGCUGCUGCCGCAGCAGCUUGCUGCUGCUUCCCUCCCGCUGCUGCUGCUGCUGCUGCUGCUGCUGCUUCCCCUUUGCUGCUCGGGGCUGCAGACCAACAGCAUGCUGCUGCUGCCAGCUGUCUAGACACCCCGCCGCCCUCGCCUCCACUCCCCAGCGCUUUUUCUCUUCACUUUUUUUCUUUGGAUUUUCGCAGCAGCCAAAUGCCCGAAAAGCGCCCUUUGCGGGGCCCGCGGGCUUCCGCUGCCCCUCCAGAAGGCGGGGCUCCGAAGAAGCGGAAGGCGAAGCUGCCGCUGCUGCCGCUGCUGCCGCAGCAGCAGCAGCAGCAGCAGCAGCAGGCCAGCCUGCUGCAGCACAGCUUCUCCAGAGUCGUGGGCAAACGCGGGGAGCCCCUCGUUUGGCUCAAGAAGCAAAGCUUGCCCUGGUGGCCGGCGCUGCUCUGCAGCCCCGAAGACCCUUUCCUUAACCCGCCGCUGCCCCCAGAGCUCAGGGCCCACAGGCCUGGCCGCCUCCUCCAGCAGCAGCAGCUGCUGCUGCUGCUGCUGCACGGGCAGCAGCAGCAGCAGCAGCGUAGCUGCAGGAGUAGCAGCAGCAGUGGUAGUACUGGUAGUGCAGCAGCAACUGCAGCCUUGCGAGCAGCAGCAACUGCUGCAUCAGCAACAACACCUGCAGCAGCAGCAGCAGCAGCUGGAACAUCAGCAGCAACACAUGCAGCAACACCAGCAGCAUCAAUAUCAUCAGCAGCAGCACCUGCAGCUUCAGCAAAAACACCAGCAGCAGCAGCAGCAGCACCAUCGGUGGCAGCAACAGCAGCAGCAACAGCACCAAAACCAGCAGCAGUACUAGCAACAACACCAGCAGCAGCAACAGCAGCAGCAGCAGCAGCAACAACAGCACGACCGCCACCAGCAGCAGCAGCACCAGCACCAGCACCAGCAGCAGCAGCAAUAGCAGCAGCAGCAGCAGCAGCAGCAGCAGCAGCAGCAACAGCAGCAGCAGCAGCAGCAGCAGCAGUGGUUGGUGUGUGUGCAGGCGCUGCGUCUGGCGGUGAACAGCUACUGCUGGGUUUUGCCUUCGAAGAUAAGGGACUUUCGGCUGGCCUACGACGAGAUAGCCCCUGGACAGCUCUCGAAGAGUGCAACUGGAAAGACCAUCCAGAUUGGACUUCCAUUUCUGAUUUACUUUCGGGGAGGGGCCUGACGGGGCCCGACGCGGAGUGGAUGACGGACCACGAGGAGGAGUCCGACGCAGACUUCGAGCAGCAGCAGCAGCAGCAGCAGCAGCAGCAGCAGCAGCAGCGGGGGAACGGGAAGGAGAGCGAGAGGAAGGCCCAGCCGCAGCAGCAGACGCAGCAAGGCGGUGAAGGCAAGCAGACGCGAAUUAAAAAGGACAAACGCCCCAAACAGAAAACGAGCAGCAAGGAACAGAGCAGCAGCAGCAAUAGCAGCAGCAGCAGCAGCAGCAGCAGCUCCAAAGCCAAAGGCGGCAGCGGUGACAAGGCCAGCAGCAGCAGCAGCGAUGCAGCUGCUGCUGCUAAGGCAGACCCAGCUGAUGCCAAACGCAGCAACAAACGGAAAGCAGCAGCAGCAGCUGCUGCUCCGAAGGAGGCGCCGCCCACGCCAGCAGCAGCCGCAGCACCAGCAGCAGCAGCAGCAGCAGCACCGGCGCCUGCUGCUGUUGCUGCAGACAAGCAUGCUUCACCCAGCAGCAAAAAGUCAACAGCAGCAACCCACAAGCACGCUGAUCGGCAGAAACGGCACAGCAGCAAACGGUCAGAGCCAGCAGCAGCAAACAAGCACAAACAGCAGCAGCAGCAGGAGAAGCAGCAGAAGGAAAAGCAGCAGCAGGAGAAGCAGCAGCAGGAGAAGCAGCAGCAGGAGAAGCAGCAGCAGGAGCAGGAGCAGCCACAGGAGCAACAGAAGGAACAGCAGCAGGGCGAGCAGCAGCAGCGGGAGAAGAGCAAGAUCGCGAAGGCAAUAGAGGCGCGAAAGGCAGCAGCAGCAGCAGCAGCUGCUGCUGCUGCUGCACUUGCCGCUGAAACAGCAGUGAACGUUGACGCUGUGAAGAACCAGUCAAAGAAAACAGCCCCACCGGCAUCUCCUAUCCGCAGCAGCAGCAGCAGCAGCAGCAGCAGCAGUAGCAGCAGUAGCAGCACGCGCGGCAGCAACAGCAGCAAAGGCAGCAAACGCAGGAGCAACUCCGUGGGAGCAGCUGCGAAGAGCCGCAGCAGAAGCAGAAGCCGGAGCCGCAGCAGCACGGGGCGCAGCAGCAGCAGCGGCAGCAGCAGCAGCAGAGACAGCAGAGGCAGCAGCAGCAGCAGAAGCAGCAGCGCCGCGCAGAAGACCAAAAGAAAGAGCCCCUCUAGGGGCCGAAGCAUAACCCCCAAGCUGCGCAGAAGCAGCAGCAGCCGCAGGAGCAGCAGCAGCCGCAGCAGCAGCCGCAGCAGCAGCAGCAAGCGCAGCCACCGCAGCAGCGAGCACAGUCACCGCAGCAGCAGACACAGUGAGCCGGUGAGCGGCAGCAGCAGCAGCAGGGGCAGCAGCAGGAGCAGCAGCAGAAGCAAAGUAGCCCGCCGCCCUGCUGACGGCAGCAGCAAAAGAAGAGACAUUAGCAGCAGCAACAGCAGCAGGGGCAGCAGCAGCUCCGGAGUCAGCCGCAGCGGCAGCCCCAGAAGCAGCGGCAGGAGUCGCAGCAGCAGCGGCAGGAGCCGCAGCAGCAGCGGCAGAAGCCGCAGCAGCAGCGGCAGAAGCCGCAGCAGCAGCGGCAGGAAGCGCAGAAGUGGCCGAAGGAGCCGCAGCAGCCACGGCAGGAGCCGCAGCAGCAGCGGCAGCAGCCGCAGCAGCAGCAGACAGCGCAGCAGCAAAGUGCGCAGCAGCAGAAACGCAAGAGCUGCUGUCAAAAGGGCCGCCAGCAGCAGGCGGAAGAGGAGAGACACAAUUUCUCCAAGCCGCAGCAGCAGCAGCGGCAGCAGCAGGAGCAGCAGGAGCAGCAGGAGCAGCAGAAGUGGGAGCGGGAGCAGCCGCAGCCGCAGCAGCAGCAGCAGCGGCAGCAGCAGGAAGAGUAGAAGCAGAACCCGCAAUGGCCGCAGCAGCAGCAGGGGCGGAAGCAGGAGGAAAAGAGAAGCAGUUUCUGCGCAGCAGCAGCAGCAGCAGCAGCAACAGCGGCAGCAGCACGCGAAGCAGCCGCAGGAGCCGCAGCAGCCGCAGCAGCAGAAGCAGCAGGAGCCUCCGGAGGAGGAGGAGCAGCAGCCGCGGCAGCCGCGGCAGCCGCGGCAGCCGCAGGAGAAGCAGAAGCAGCAGCAGCAGCAGCAGCAGCAGACGCAGGUGGAGGAGCCGCAGCAACAGCAGCAGCAGCAGACGGAGGUACUACACGCGCUCUUUCUCGAGGAGCAGAUCGUAUUCACGGGGCCGGAAGAGCCCGCGCUCGUGGCUGGACCGGGGCUCGCCAGCAGCAGCAGCAGCAGCAGCAGCAGCAGCAGCAGGCCGGUGGCAGUCCGAUGCAGCAGCAAGGGAGCAGCGGGCCCGGCAAAUCCACCGAGAAGGCCGCUGCUGCCCCUGUCCCUUUUUGCUGCAGUCGGGCAGCUGCAGCGGGGGGGCAGUUUGCUGCUACUGCCACGAGAAGGAGCACUUGGAGGAGCGGCGAGCAGCAGCAGCUUCCCGCAGCAGCAGCAGCAGCAGCAGCAGCAGCAGGCAGCACUACGCCGAGCAGUCCGCGCCCUCCUGCUCCUCCAGGAUCUCUUCUUCCCUUUCCUCCAGAAACUCCAGCAGGUCUCUUCACCGCCAGAGAUAUGUUUCCGUUUCCAACUAACUCCAGCAGCAGCAGCAGCAGCAGCAGCAGCAGCAGCAGCAGCAGCAGCAGCAGGGGGUGCAGCGGCAGCAGCGGCAGCAGCAGCUGCGGGCGUGGCCGCUGGAGGGGGGGGAACAGCAGCGGCAGGGAAGCAGAGCAGGUGCACUUGCAGUGGCAGCAAAGGUGCAGCAGCAGCAGCAGCAGCAGCAGCAGCAGCAGCUGCUGCUGCUGCUUCAGCAGCAGGGAUCUGUGUGCUGCUGCUCGUCUAA